AUGUCGACUCCCGACGAGACGGAUCCUACACCGUCUAAUCGUCGCAAAGCUUGCGAUUUGUGCUUUACAAAAAAGAUCAAAUGCGACAUGCUAAAGCCGGAUUGUUCAAAUUGCAUUCUUUAUAAUACAAGUUGCCGAACUAGCAUCAUUAGACGGAAGCCUAAUUCUGCGAGAGUUAGAGCAGGGGCUAAACAACAAGAAGAGAACAAUCGCCAAGAAGGCCUUGAAGCAAGGUUAGCUCGUAUUGAGGAACAGCUUCAAAUCGUUCUGAACGCCGCCAAAGAUGCUCAAACUGCUAGACCGCAAUGGCCACAAGAUGACCAUUCCAGCCCAGGUGAUUCAGCGGAAUCAGUUAUCAACAACUCCGCAACUUUUGAAGAGAUGGCCAAACGAGGAUUUGCUUGGAAAUUCGAUCCAGUUAAUCCAGCAGUUUACCAGGGUCCUCAACCAAACUCGUGGGAAUUACCCCCUCUCGAUGAAAUUCUACCUAUAGUAGACCACUACUUCACAACCUUCAACGGCGUCAUUCCUCUCUUCCAGCAGUCAGAGUUCAUGAAACUUCUCACAACAUGGUAUAAACAACCCGAAACUCGCGACAGAGCGUCGUGGGCUGCUAUUCAAACCGUCAUGGCCAUCGGAUAUCGCACACCGCAGCUUUCACUCCGAGACAGCCAAUCAGUGCACAUUGAAAAAGCAGACCAAUGUUUGAGGAAUGCACAGACUGUUGUGUCGGAACUUGUCACGCGUGAUGAGGAUUUGCUCGGCGUUCAGAUCUUACUAGGUAUUGUCAUGCUGUUCCAGAAUAGUCGCGACCCGAAACCCGCGAGUGUUCUUAUUGGAACAGCGGUUAGGUUGGCGCAUAGACUAAAGCUGCACUCACAAGAAGCGGCGAUGCAGUUUCCGGCUGCGAAAGCUGAGCAGAGAUCGCGCGUGUUUUGGAUUGCGUACACUCUUGACAAGGACAUUUGUCUUCGCGCACAAACACCUUCAUGCCAGUUUGAUGAAGAUAUCGACAUUAGCCUCCCUGCACUUGCGCCACCUGACAGUGUUGGUUUAAUAUGGACGCAAAACGGCCAAGUCCACUUCAAUUACCAUCGAAGGCGCGUGGAACUUGCUUACAUACAGGGCAAAGUGUACGAUCUUUUGUACUCCAACCGCUCAAGCAAAGCGACAGCCCAAGAGCGACAGCGACGAGUAUCCCGACUUCAAUCCAUGCUAGAUCAGUGGUACGAGCGCAUUCCAACCGUCUUCCAUAUCGAACAUGUCGCUGCGACAGUGGGGCCAAGCCAGCUUGUGCAGAUGACAAAGAUGCACCAUGCGUUUUUGCUGACAGAAGUGAUGAUCCAUGGUAUUUACAGCCAUAAUGCAGAAUGGGUAAAAAGGAUCAGCUCUUUUAGCAGAGCUACGAUAACCUCUGUUGGAAACUUGGAGAAUAGGGGGUUUGGCGGCGCUGGGAAGUGUCAAGAUCAAGCACCGCCUUUACCCGAUGGAUGGAAUCAUUGCGUGGACGUGAGCAGAGGGUGCAUGAAGUUAUUCCAGGAAGCUACACCAACAGAGUGUCUAAUUUGGCAAUGCAGCUGCUCUCAUUUCUCAGCGCUGAUUGUCCUCCUCGCCAACAUGAUCCUCAAUCCCGGCCACCACUCAAUCCACAUUGAUCAACACCUCUCAGUAAAAGCGCUCGAUCUCUUAGACAAGCUUCUGAAGAUAAUUGACGACGAGGCGUUCAGGGCUUUCCGAAGUGUCGUUGGUGAACUUAGCCAGGGAGCGCAAACGGCUGUGGCGGCGUAUCGAGAGGAGCUCAAAGGUUUGGGGAAGGAUGUCUUUGAGGCGCUGAAUGUGGAUGAUGUGGCUGUGCAGGAAGUAGAUUUUCUACCGGCGGGAGACAUGUUUGAGGGGCUUGAUGGACCGUUUGUUGGGCUGGACGGACCGUUUGUCGGAUCGGGAGGGGAGAUUGAGCAGGGGUUUGGAGACGGGAUGAACUUCAUGGACGGCAGCGUGUUGGACAUGGAGUUUAUGAUAUGA